ACGCAAUCGAUUUUCCAAGCCGGGAUGGCGAUCAACAAGACAAAAACCGCCCUCAGGGAGCCAUCGGAGGGGACAUUAUCAGAAUCAGGCGAUUCUUCUUCAGAUGAGUCUUCUUCUGGUUCAGAUUGUCAUGAACCACGUGAAGGACGAUCCGAGGAGCCAUCGGACAUGAAAAACGAAAACUCACCGAUCCCGAAAACUGUUGAUCUGUCUGAUUGUCGUGAACUAGGUGAUGCCGCCAUCCGAGGCUUUGGCGAUCUAUGCGAGAAGUACAGCAGUAUUCCUGAUACUGAUGUAGGCAUCAACAUAUCCGUCCAAAGAGGGCGUAGCAUUGCCCCAUCUACCGAUUACUCGCCAGAAGAACACUGCCAUAUUUUAACAGCAAUGCUUCUACCGAUGCUGAAACAACAAGUCGUCAAAAUUCCUCUAUUACCAGAACCGGCCGACUCACCAACAGAAGCAGCUCGCAAGCUCAAGCUCAUUAUUGAGCUCCAAGCAGAACUCAAUACCACCCUCGGUCAGAUCCGAUUCGCGGUCAAUACGCUCCGUCCAAGACCACUUGGAAGAUACGGAUACCCACCUGACGAUCAGCACUGGCACCGAUUAAAACGCUUUAGACUCAGCGGGCUGAAUGGCAUGUUCGAGCAUGGUGUACUAGAAAGGGGUUUCACCAGGAUUUUCCUUGGUGCUGCAAGCACGAUUAGGCUACGGAGGCUCGCGAGUAGAUCAGCCUCUACCUAUGAUACCUAUUUGGAAGCAGGCAUAAUCGAUUUGACUCUUGAGAAUAUCGAUGAGAUGAUCAGAUGCCUCGAAGGAUCCGAGCUCGACCUUCUCCAAGAUGAUUUCAUUAGACUUAGAGAUCAACUUAAUAGCAACAUAGAAACACUCUAUAGUCUGGCUUACCCUGUACACGAGCCAAACGGACACAUCAAACCCCCCAGUCAACAAGCUACCCAACUUGCCCAGUUAGCAUUACCGGUUGCCAAACUCUCAAGAGUGUUCAUGAACAAAGUAUCUAGACGAGGAAUGCGCGUGAAAGGGUUCCCAUUAUUUACGAAGAUGUGCUCUGUGGAGCUAGUAACCCUAUCCAGAUUGAGUAGAGAAGUCUCUGAUCAUGUUCGUGGUAUGAUAUUGGGCGUCAAACAAGCUUAUACAUCUGACACUGCUGGGCAAGCAGAACAACUUCAAGAACGUUUCAACGUUUCCCUAAAACUUAUCAAACGAUACAUCCUACCUCGGAUCCCGGACACCAACGAUUUCCCACAUCAAACUUACUUCAAGACUUGGUUUGCUACUUGGUCGACUGAAUUUGAUUUGUCUGUUCAUAAACUCAAGGAACCGUCGGAGAGGCUAUCCUCAGACGAUUCUUCUCCAGACGAUUCUUCUUCAGACGAUUCUUCUCCAGAUGAUUCUUCUUCAGGCGAUUCUUCUUCAUGAUUCUUCUGGUCCAGAUCGACGAAGAAACUAAAUGACAAUCUCGCAACUUCUUCCUCAAAGUCAUUGGUCAAAUCAACCUUAACUCCGCAAGCAGAGCUUUGAUUCAUCUCAUUUUUCUUUUUGU